GCGCUCAGCGCUGACAUGCCUCUCAAGAGAGAAGACACAGAGCGUGCUCUGCAGGCGAUGGAGGCGUGUCAGUCAGCGUGUGAUGAAGGUUUCAGGUGUCGUGCUGAGAGACUUUUAACCAUCUUUCAGAGUGACCUGUUUCAGGCUUUACUGGAUAUUCAGGAGUUUUAUGAGCUGACGGUGUUUGAGAAUCAGUCAUUAGGAAGAACACACACACAUGGACUGAAAUACCGUUACCAUGACGAAGAGACGCCACCCGUACAGCAGAGUCCUGCACAUCUGACAGCAGUAAAGAAUGCAGAACUGUUACACCUCAGUGAUGCUGGACACACCACCAUCGAUGGUAUCCAUGGUUACACACCACAGAUGCAUACAUCACCUGCCAAGCCUGUGUUGCUUCCAAGUGGUCACACUCCAUACUACGCCACCUCUACUCUGAUGAACGGUAUGGAUGGAGAUGUUGAAUAUGAGGAAAUCACCUUGGAGAGGGGCAACUCUGGUCUAGGCUUCAGUAUAGCCGGUGGGACCGAUAAUCCUCAUGUUGGAGAUGAUCCCAGUAUCUUCAUCACUAAAAUCAUUCCAGGAGGAGCAGCGGCCCAGGACGGCCGACUGAGAGUCAGUGACAGCGUUCUGUUUGUCAAUGAUGUGGACGUAAGAGAAGUCACUCACAGUUUUGCGGUGGAUGCCCUGAAGGAGGCGGGGCCUAUUGUACGACUCUACGUGCUACGACACAAACCGUCUGUUGAAAAAAUCACAGACAUUAAACUCAUCAAAGGGCCUAAAGGUUUGGGCUUCAGUAUUGCCGGUGGAGUGGGUAACCAGCACGUCCCCGGUGAUAACAGCAUCUACGUCACCAAGAUUAUUGAAGGUGGAGCUGCACAUAAAGAUGGACGAUUGCAGAUCGGAGACAAAAUUCUUGCUGUGAAUAACAUGUAUUUAGAGGAUGUGAUGCAUGAAGAUGCUGUAGCUGCUCUGAAAAACACUGGAGAUGUGGUUUAUCUGAGAGUCGCCAAAUCUCUCCAACAUUAUCAGGACGUCUACAAUCCACCUGAUAUCACCAGCUCGUAUUCUUCUCAUAUGGAUAUGUCUGAUUACCCACAAGGCCUGAGUCCCUCGUCUCCACGGCGAUACUCUCCCAUCUCUAAAGACUUGCUGCUGGGGGAUGAGGUCAUCCCCAGGGAGCCGAGGCGUGUCAUCAUUCACAGGGGAUCCACUGGUCUGGGCUUUAAUAUCGUGGGAGGUGAGGAUGGUGAAGGAAUCUUCAUCUCCUUCAUCUUAUCUGGAGGAGCAGCAGAUCUGAGCGGAGAGCUGAGGAAAGGAGAUCAAAUCCUCAGUGUGAAUGGUGUGGAUCUACGUCAUGCCACACAUGAGCAGGCCGCAGCAGCGCUGAAGAGUGCAGGACAGACGGUCACCAUCAUCGCACAAUACAGACCUGAGGAGUACAGCAGGUUUGAGGCAAAGAUUCACGACCUGCGUGAGCAGCUGAUGAACAGCAGUCUGAUGUCGGCAGCGGUGUCAAUACAGGCCGGCAAGAGAAGCUUUUUCAUCAGGGCUCUGUUUGACUAUGAUAAGACGGCAGACUGUGGUUUUCUCUCUCAGGCCGUAGGAUUCAGGUUUGGUGAUGUUCUGCAGGUGUUUGACUGCACUGAAGAGGAAUGGUGGCAGGCUGGAAAACUCUCUCCACAUGGAGAACUGGAGGAGACGGGAUACAUUCCCAGCAAGAGAAGAGUUGAAAGAAAAGAGUGGCCACGCCUGAAGAGCCGAGACGCCAUCAGUGGACGCAGUGAAUACAUUGUGAGCUACGAGACAGUGACACAAGUUGAAGUGCAUUACGCGCGUCCAGUCAUUAUCCUCGGGCCGAGCAAAGAUCGAGUCAAUGAUGAUCUUCUCUCUGAAUUCCCAGACAAGUUUGGCUCCUGUGUGCCACACACGACGCGGCCGAAGCGCGACUAUGAGGUGGACGGUCGGGAUUAUCACUUUGUGUUAUCUCGUGAACAGAUGGAAAAAGACAUUCAGAGUCAUCGAUUCAUCGAGGCGGGACAAUAUAACAGCCAUCUGUACGGAACCAGCGUGCAGAGCGUCAGACAGGUCGCAGAACAGCAGGGGAAACACUGUGUCCUGGAUGUCUCUGCUAAUGCUGUCAGACGGUUACAGGCUGCACAACUUCAUCCAAUCGCCAUCUUUAUAAGACCCUCGUCCCUGCACAACGUACUAGAUAUAAACAAGCGUUUGACGGAGGAUCAGGCACGGAGAGCUCUAGACCGAGCUGUCAAACUGGAGCAAGACUUCAUCGAGUGCUUCACAGCGGUUGUGGAAGGUGACAACUUCGAGGAGGUUUAUCAUCGUAUAAAGACAGAGAUCGAGGAACAGUCUGGACCGUAUAUCUGGAUACCAGCAAGAGAGAGACUGUAAACACACACACACACACACACACACACACACACAUGAAGACGGUGUGUCAUGUGACUCUUUCAGUGCUAACAGACCUGUGACCUGAGAACUGUUGAUCAACAGACACCAACACAACACUGUAACACACCCGCUCAUCUGUGUGUGUGUGUGAGAGAACAUCAGCCGCAACACAUGUGACGUGAUGAUGAUGCAGGUGUUUGUGUGGGUUGUUUCCAUGGCAACUGUGAGCUCAGUGAGUGCAGCACAAUGUCUGAGGCAAUAUAGACCUGACACAUGAGCACUGCGCACUUUAACAACACACACACGUACACACACACACAUGGACACUCUCUUACACACACAAAACACUGACUCUCGUGUGUGUGUGUGUGUAUCUCUAUAGGGCUACUGUUUACAUAUAAUAAAACUCUUUAAACUGCACAGGGAGAGAGACGAGUGUGUGUGUGAUUUCAGUACAUUAGAUUUAUUCUUUUAGUGAUGAAGAGGCUGGUGUGGUUUGCAAAUCAUUUGAUGAUUAAUUUGUGUGUGCGUGUGCGUAUGUAGUGUUGACUAUUAAUAAUAUUAUUCUCUAUGAAUAUUCUACAGCUGUACAUACCAACUCAGAUUAUCAACCAAUGGGGCUUUAAACACAUGAACACACACACACACACACACACACACAAAUGAACUCUUUGUGUCCAUACAAACAAUCAUCACACAUACACAACACUUCCUCUACCCAUAAUGCACUGCUCUCAAACAUUCAACCAAAGGCUUCUUCUGCUUUAGUUUGAGUGCACCUGUUUUCACACACAUCUCUCAUGCAUUAUAUGAAAGAAAUGAAUUAAUACUUAUAUUUACUGUUGCGCUCUAAAGUACUGACAUGAUCAAAUCAUUAAAGUCUUUUAAUUUUCCACAGGA